GUAUAUAAACCCAUCACACUUGCUAGUAUAUCAAUCAACACAUUCUUCAUCAAUUACAUUUACACUCUCAUUGUUCAGUUUAACAUUUUCAUAGACAAAAAUAUGGUAAGCCAAAUAAAAUCAUCUCUCUUCUUAUUCAUCGUCCUUGUUCUAUCAAAAACUGUCAUAUCAGCUAGAAAACCAUCCAAAUCUCAAUCAAAACCUUGCAAAAACUUCGUCCUCUACUACCAUGACAUAAUGUUUGGCGUCGAUGACGUGCAAAACGCGACAUCUGCUGCCGUUACCAACCCUCCGGGACUCGGGAAUUUCAAAUUCGGAAAGCUCGUGAUCUUCGACGAUCCAGUGACCAUAGACAAAAACUACCAAUCCGAACCUGUGGCACGUGCUCAAGGCUUCUAUUUCUACGACAUGAAGAAUGAUUACAAUGCGUGGUUCUCAUACACACUUGUGUUUAACUCGACUCAACACAAAGGGACGUUAAACAUAAUGGGAGCAGAUCUUAUGAUGGAGAAGACAAGAGAUUUGUCUGUGGUCGGAGGAACAGGUGAUUUCUUCAUGUCUCGAGGGAUUGUUACGUUUGAAACUGACACCUUUGAAGGUGCGAAGUAUUUUAGGGUCAAGAUGGAUAUCAAACUCUAUGACUGUUAUUAAAAGAAAAAG